AUGCAUGGUUCAAAUGAAAACAUUUGGUCCAACCUAUCGGUGAAGGAUAUUGUGGAAGACCGUAAUGUGUACCCGUCAUUAGACACGUCAUAUGAAAACAAUCGCGACCUUCAUGGUUAUAUAUGUGACAAUCACAUGUCACUUCACUUAGUAGCAAUAGUUGCAGCUUAUUUGUUGUUGAUUGGCGCGACGUUUCAAGGCUGUGGUUGCAGGAGGUGCUCGGUGUUUGAUCGCGGCUCUAAGCGAUUCGGGCUGCAACGCAAAAGGGCACAUCACGCCGCGUUUUUGUCGCGACAUAAUCCGUGGAACGUAGAUGUGUAUGGAAUCUCAGUGCAAAAAGCCUUACAUGCCGUCCAGGAGGAUGGAAGCAAUAGCACGUCUUCGGAGCUACUGAUCACUGGUGUCUGGAAUACACUGGCAAAAAUAGACAGUGCCGCAUCAUCUUUGGAGGUAAAGAGCGUAUCAAGGUUUGAGUAUAAUAGAGAGGCUAUCCUGGACACGUAUGAAGCUGCUAGAGACGCUGACUCUGCUUUGACCGGGAAUUCCUUUGAAGGGAUCAAUCAGCAGUUGUUCACACGAUUUGAUGGAGAUGAUGGUGUCGAACGAUCUGUAGUUGCCAAACAGGUGAUAAGCCCCGGAGUUGAAAUAGUGAAGGUGCCACAAAGUUUUGUUUUGUCCCUAGCGGACAUUAGGACUGAUUUGCUAUCAAAUCACCGCCUUCUCCAACAACAACCACCGACAGACAACUUAUCGCAUGCAUUUUUGGCGCAUAUAGAGAACCUGAAGAGGUUGAACUUGGGGCAGUUUAUGAGGGAGCCUUCCAUAGCCUGCUCAAGCGGUGACGAAACCACACACGAUGAAAACGCCAUUGGCACACACCAUGAUGAAAAACGUCACUCAUGCGGAUCGUUCGAUACUCCCGCACAAGCUGGAUGCAAUAGCGGCGUCGAAACCACUUGUAAUGUUGGCGUAGGGGUUCACCAAAAUGGCAACAUCGCAAGUGGGCAUUACGGUGGCGAAUUCGAGGGGAGGCUCUCAGCUCUCAUUGCAUCAAAAAAAUUAUGCAUGCUGAAGACGCUUUUAGUUGCCGACAGCGUGCUAUCUACCGGCGACGCGAUUACUGUCGCCUUGGAAAACAAGGCUUAUGAAUUGGUGUACCUCAACCGCAAUGAGCGUGAGCUACUGCUCCUCUCCCUUGGUCUGGCUGGCAUAUAUCAGAGGGCAAUAUUCUCGUUUGUUAUGCGAAUGAUCCACGAUCCUGUCGCGAUUCCUACCUUGCCCGAUGCCGAAGUUGUAAGGCUAAGCUGGGUUCACCACCUGCUAACGAAGGACAUGGGACACUUACCCCUGUUGAUGCCGGUGUCCGCGUCUAACCAGAUACAAGAGCCGAUUGUCAGUCAUCGUUUGCGUCAACGCCUUAUAGCUGUGAAUGACGUAAUGACCGCAGCCUUGGACCCGCUAUCUGUUGUUCAGGAUCGCAUCGAUAAGCUCUCACAGGCGCACUACAAAGUUGAAGACACGACACCUUUGCAAUCUGGUUGCGGGCCACUGAUAGUGGAUCGGAAGAUAAAAGCAGAGGUUGCAAUGGAAGAGAUAGAAAGCGAGCUUUUAGCGUUCGCAGACGGUAAAGGCUCGACCUAUAGCACUGGGCCGUUUGAAUGGAACAUCGAUGAUGUGCGCUCCGUCCUGACAGUUGAUGAAAGAUCAUCAUUCGAAUCGACUGAAGGGUCGGAUUGUGUUGAUAUUUUGCUGGCCUUUGAAAGUUACCUAACGGGUAAAUUGCAACCACAGCUGUACAAGCAUGUGAGCCCCGGUGCAUGGAUACGAGCCAUAAACGACGUAAUAACGCGUCGUACGUUCACAAACCUCUUCGCUUCUAUUGUUGCGCACAAUAUCAGGACUAUUGGGGAUGUUGGACAUGACGCAUGUGACAACUACACGCAACGCAGCUUCCUUCACAACAGGGCGCCAGGUAUAAUGGCCAAAUUGGCUACCGAUUCUUCUUCUAACAGCAGUUCUGUGGGUGUUGAAACAGGCGAGGCGUACAUCGUUCCUUUCUUGGAUCUCGUAAACCACGACUCUGCUGACCCGAAUUGCGCCAUAGAAAUGGAUUCGGGUGGGGGAGGUGGCUUCGUCCUAAAAUCUCUCCGCUCCAUCCAACCCGGAGAGGAAUUAAAGGUGAAUUACGGCAAUUUGGACAACAAUGUCUUCCUCCUGGAUUACGGCAUGCUCCUUCCUUUACAGCAGGACCAAGGGGUACUUAUGGAAGUUGAACCACAAUUAAUCACUCGUGCUGCUGAGUCUACAGGCAUGAGCGAACUGCUUCCUCGGACGUUUCCUGCCGGCCUGCCGCUGGAAAAACGCGAUCUGUUGCUUAGGGUGAACCUGUUUGAGAUCCCUAGUGACAAAGGAUUCCUGAGUCUCUACAACGAACCCUACUUCGAUGGAAUGCCGGUGGAAAUGUACAACGAGUUCGCCUCUAAGUUCUUGGCACGGCAAAACUCACAACAUCCAUCUUUUGAUGAUGAUAUAGACAUGGAAUCAAUUCGGCAGGAGAAAAGUCAAUACCACCCUGUUACCGGCGAAAUAUUUAACCACGGAGAGGUAACUGGCCGUAAGGAACCCAUGAAACUGGUCAAGAUAAGUGCUGGUGGCGUGCCCGAUGAACGCCUCGUAUGUGCGCUGAAGAUAUGCUUCUGUAGGACCAAGAAGCGUUUACAGUGGCUGGAACAGCAAGACACGAAGUACCUUGCAACUAGUGUGAAUUCUCCUCUAGAUGUCGACAUUUUCAAAGCUGCAUCGCUGGUAUGCUGCGAAUACAUCAAAAGCAGAUACAGGGAAACGAUUAUAGAUGACCUGCGCAAGGUAUCACACAAGGACCUGUUUGCAGCCAAUGGUGUCACUGGUGGUUCGGCAGCCCCGUUGCAGAAAUUGCGCGAAUGCAACACGGUAGAUAUACCGAAUGCCGUGCUGAUAUGUCACGCAUUGCGAGCAAAAAUGCCCCUCUACAGAUGCGCCAGUUACUUAGAAUCAAUAGGCAGGGAUUUCAAAAGUAAUGUUGUGCAUUAA